CUAAAUGAACUGCUGUAAGUCGAGGACUACCUAUAUUCUAUAGAAAACCCAGAGUACUGGGACACCUUGAAAUGGAGGAAAGCAGGUUUUGAAUUAAGAGGAAUCAAGGAAGUACGAUCAUCUUCUGCUUUCUCUCGGCUCUUUAAAUAAAACAGAUUUAAGAAGGCCGCAAAAGCAUCUCUUGAAAAAUAUGGUUUGCGUUUCUCUUCAAGAAGAUUUGACAAAGCACCAGCUGAAAAAAGAUGAAUGUUUGCCUGUUCUUAGGGUGUUUAUUAUGAAUUGACCAAUAUCAAGAACUGACUGAAGUUAAAAUCUACUAGAUAUGGAUUGGUUUCAUGCUGUCUCUUUGUUCCUGAGGAGAUCAAAGAGUUACACCAUUUCUCUAUUGAGCACAAGGAUGGCAAAUAGGAUUAAGUGAUAGGAGAAAACUCUGUCAGUUCUGGACAGCCGGGGCCUUCUAAGCUUGUGAUGUCACAAAAUUCUUGGAAUUUUUCCACCAACUGUCAUUUGGAUCCAUUGAACUUCUGAAGGGCAGUUCAGAAUUUUUGAAUGUUCACCUGAAGAAAGCCACUGGGGGAACUUGUGUUUGGAACAGCAAGAGAAAACUGUGCUCCUGAUAUGCCUCAAGACGGGAAGAAUCCGAAAAUAUCCAAAGAUAUGGAAGGAGAGCUAGAAUGGAGCAUGGGGGAUCCCUUCGACCAGUUGGAGAAACUCCACGGUCUUUCUGAUGACGAGAAGGGCGAGAAGGCCCUGCUGCGUUCGCGCCUCAACGAACAGUCUCAGCUGAUCUGUAUCCUCAAGAAGAGAGCCGACGAUCAACUCUUGCGCUGUAAGACGCUGGAACAGAUCAACACCGAGCUGGAGGAGACGAGAACAGGAGAUGCUUUGAGGUUGGAGAAUCAGACACGACGCAUCCAGCACCUGGAGCAGCGCUUUAUGGACUUGGCUGCCAACCACGAAGAAAUGAUCCGCUUCAAAGAUGAGCACAAACGGCAGAAUAAGCAGCUCCGAGAAGAAAAUGGCCGCCUGCGUCAGGAAAACGAAAGCCUCUUCAGCCAACCUUUGAAAGAUAAAGAAGUAGAACUGGCCCGGGUUUCUUCUGAAUUCAAGAAACUUUCCAUUGAUAUGGAGGCCUUGAAGAAAACUUAUCAACAGCGCUGUCGUUCAGCCGAAGAACGAGAGAAAGAACUUCUGGAAAGCCAGAGAGAACAAACCAGAGUCUACACCAAGGAGAUGGACUCCUUGAAAAGGCAACUGGACGUCCUACAGAAGAAGCAAAAACCGAUCCUUGACCAACUGGAACAAACAGAGAGGCAGCUGAGAGAAACCGAGAGCAGCCUGCAAGCCAAGCUAGAUGUCCUCACAAAGGAGAAGGAGGACUUGUUGAAGCUGGCGAUGGAGAGAGGCAAGGUGCUUCAGGAAAAGCAACGGGAGAUCCUUCAGCUGGAGAAGAAGGCGGAGGAUAUGGAGAAGGCCAAGCAGGCAGCUGAACUACAGUUUGAGACUGAAGCUGCAAUGGUGGAUAGUAACCUCCGAGUUAGAGAUUUAAAGCGCCGUCUUGAGGGGGCAGAAGAAGCUUACUCCGAGCUCCGGAUGCAUUUCGAAGCUUACCGAAAACACAGCACCGAAUUGCUGAACAAAGAGAAAGAGUUAAAUACCAAAUUACGCCACUUUAUGGCGUAACGGGCACAUUUAAGUAUUCCUGUCCAUCUGAAGCUGCCUUUUAAGAAAGACUCGCCUUUUAACAGAUAUGGGGGUGCUAUUUUCCCUCUAUUGUAGUUGCUAAAUAUAACAUCUUUUAUUUAGAGUUAGAUAGAUGGAUUACUCAUAGGUGGUUGCGAUUGCUAUAUUGACUGCUCAGCCCAGAGAGAUGUUGGAUAUUUAGAAUAACUUUCAAAUAAAUGUGUCGAGAUAAUAAUG